CAAGAACCCGAGACCCGGUCCAGCUCAGAACCCGAGACCCGGUCCAGCUCAGAACCCGAGACCCGGUCCAGCUCAGAACCCGAGACCCGGUCCAGCUCUGAACCCGAGACCCGGUCCAGCUCUUCUUCUCCCGUAGCCGCCCCCUGGACGAGCUGCCAAUAUGAUGCGUAAAGACGUCAACAAGCCGAAGGGGAAGACUUCGGCGUACGCCUUCUUUGUCCAGACGUGCAGAGAGGAGCACCGCAAGAAAAACCCAGAGCAGUCUGUCAACUUCGCCGAGUUCUCCAAGAAGUGCUCCGAGAGAUGGAAGGCGUUGUCUCCCAGUGAUAAGAAGUGCUUCGAGGACAUGGCCAAAGCCGACAAGGUUCGCUACAACAGGGAGAUGAGAGACUACGUUCCACCCAAGGGUUUCGGAAAGAGAGGCCGCAAGAGGAAAGACCCCAAUGCACCCAAGAGACCCCCGUCUGCGUUCUUCGUGUUCUGCAGUGAGUACCGUCCCAGUGUGAAGCAGCAGUAUCCAGGUCUGUCCAUAGGAGACUGUGCCAAGAAGCUGGGGGAGAUGUGGAGUAAACUGUCCCAGUCUGAGAAGCUUCCCUACGAGGAGAAGGCCCAGAAACUACGGGAGAAAUACGACCGGGGUCUCCUGUCAUGGAGAUAUGGUGGUACGCGGGGAGGACUACGCAGGACCUGGCACCCAGCUCAGGGAGGAGAGAGAGAGGAUGACGAGGGUGAGAGAGAGGAGGAGGACGACGAGUAGAAACCUAAAGCUGCAGCUGAGAGAGAGAGAGACAGGUGUGUGUGUGUGUGUGUGUGUGUGUGUGUGUGUGUGUGUGUGUGUUUCAGAGGCCAGACAGGUGUGGAUUGGGCAGAGGGGCGGGGCUUCACAGCACCUGUGUCCACGUAGCCCCUUCAGCCACCUCAGGUCAUCUUAGACAGCUGGUCCUCAGCAGGUGAGACCAGGUGAGACCAGGUGAGACCAGGUGUAGCUAGAGAUGUGACCAGGUUGUGGCACUGCAACACACACACUGGACCAUGAGUGUGUGUUUCACUGUGUGUGUGUGUGUGUGUGUGUAAUAUGCCUUUCAGUAACGUGUGUGUGUGUGUGUGUUGGAGGUCAGAGGUUAAAUAUCCGCCACCAGACGAUAGACCCCACCCCUUCCCCCCCACACCACUGUUACCGUGGUUACCCCAGCACCACUUCCCAGUCACAUUGUGUUGCCAUGGAGACCCCCCCCCCCCCCAUGUUGUUGUUUUUUACUUUCUGUUGUUUGUUCACUGUCAGUAGAAACGUCAACUUUUAUAAUAAAAACGCUGAGAGGAAAACUCA